GUAGACGUGCUACGCCAUGACAUCAGAGCAAGAUGGCUGCGCCCUGAAGACUUUGCUCCUGUAGCCUAAGUUUAUGCGCCUUGCUAGCGUCAGGGUCAAUAUCCCACAGAUUCUGCUGUCCUCCAACCAUGUUCUCCCUCCGAGGUUGUAGUCGCUCGGUCGCGGCUUCACUAGCCAAACAGCACCUUCCAUUGGCCCUAUUCAAUGCUGACAGCGCGGCUCCCCGCACUCCACACUUCGACGUGGUAGUAGUCGGCGGAGGACACGCCGGGAGCGAGGCAGCGGCCGCUGCCGCUCGGUGCGGCUCCCGGACUUUGCUACUCACGCACCGCGUGGACACGAUCGGUCAGAUGUCCUGUAAUCCUUCCUUUGGUGGCAUUGGAAAGGGGCAUUUAAUGAGGGAAAUCGAUGCCUUGGAUGGCCUGUGUUCUCGAAUCUGUGACCAGUCUGGUGUACAUUACAAAGUGUUAAACCGACGUAAAGGACCAGCUGUUUGGGGUCUAAGAGCUCAAAUUGAUAGGAAACUCUACAAACAGAAUAUGCAGAAAGAAAUCCUAAAUACCCCACUGCUUACUGUUCAGGAGGGAGCUGUUGAAGACCUCAUUCUUACAGAACCAGAACCGGAGCAUAUGGGAAAAUGUCGUGUCAGUGGUGUUGUUUUGGUGGAUGGAAGCACAAUAUAUGCAGAGAGUGUGAUUCUGACUGCUGGGACCUUUCUGAGAGGGAUGAUUGUAAUUGGAUUGGAGAUGCAUCCAGCGGGUCGGUUAGGAGAUCAGCCUUCCAUAGGAUUAGCUCAGACUCUGGAGAAAUUGGGGUUUGUUGUGGGAAGACUGAAGACUGGGACUCCACCCCGAAUUGCCAAAGAGUCCAUUAAUUUCAACAUUCUAAACAAGCAGAUACCAGAUAACCCAUCUGUACCAUUCAGCUUUAUCAAUGAAACAGUGUGGAUUAAGCCAGAAGAUCAGCUUCCAUGUUAUUUGACUCAUACCAACCCUAGAGUGGAUGAGAUUGUCCUGGAGAACCUUCAUCUGAACAGUCAUGUUAAAGAAACUACAAGAGGACCUCGAUACUGUCCCUCCAUUGAAUCAAAGGUUUUACGUUUUCCAAACCGUUUACAUCAGGUUUGGUUGGAACCUGAAGGAAUGGAUUCUGACCUCAUCUACCCCCAAGGGCUGUCUAUGACUCUACCAGCUGAGUUACAAGAGAAAAUGAUCACAUGCAUCAGAGGCCUGGAGAAAGCUAAGAUGAUUCAGCCAGGUUAUGGUGUUCAGUAUGAUUACUUCGACCCCCGUCAGAUCACUCCUUCUCUUGAGACUCAUUUGGUGCAACGGCUCUUUUUUGCUGGACAGAUAAAUGGCACUACUGGUUAUGAGGAAGCCGCAGCUCAAGGUGUGGUAGCUGGAAUCAAUGCAAGCCUCCGGGUCAGAUGCAAGCCUCCUUUUGUUGUUAGCCGAACAGAAGGCUACAUAGGAGUUUUAAUUGAUGACCUCACCACCCUGGGCACCAAGGAACCGUACCGCAUGUUUACCAGCCGAGCAGAAUUCCGUUUGUCACUGCGCCCAGAUAAUGCUGACAGCAGGCUCACUUUUCGAGGGUACAAGGAAGCUGGCUGUGUAUCCAAACAAAGAUAUGAAAGAGCUUCUUGGAUGAAAUCUUCUUUAGAAGAAGGCAUUUCUGUGCUAAAAUCUAUUGAGUUUUCAAGUUAUAAAUGGAAACAGUUAAUCCCAGAGGCUUCUAUAAGUACUAGCAAAAGUCUUCCUGUCAGCGCUCUAGAUGUUCUGAAAUAUGAGGAAGUUGACAUGGAAUUGUUGGCCAAGGCUGUUCCAGAGCCCUUGAAGAAGUAUGCUAAAACUAGAGAACUAGCUGAAAGACUAAAAAUAGAAGCCACUUAUGAAUCGGUGUUGUUUCAUCAGCAACAAGAAAUAAAAGAAGUUCAACGAGAUGAAGCCCUCCAGUUGCCAGAAGACCUAGAUUAUUUAACACUUAGAGAUGUUUCUUUAUCCUGUGAAGUUAGAGAGAAGCUACAUUUCAGUCGCCCUCAGACGAUUGGGGCUGCUAGUCGUAUACCUGGAGUGACACCUGCUGCCAUCAUCAAUUUGCUAAGAUUUGUGAAGACCACUCAGCAAAGACAGGCAGCUAUGAAUGAAUUGACCAAGUCUGAACAAAGCUUAUGUGAUAAAGACAGAUUUGAAGAGAGACAGUUAUAGAUAAUGGGAUAAGAAGUAUUUACAAUGUGCAUAUGUUAAAAUAACCUUAGAUUAUUAUGGGCUUGUCAUUAGUUUAUGAAAAGGAUGAAGAUUAUAAUUGUCCUGGAAAUGCCAAUUGAGGUGUCUGGCCUUUUUGUACAUCUGAAAAAUAAGUAAUAAACUC